AGUUCACUAUCUCUGUACUAACGUCAUGGGAAUUUGUGUUGAUCCUCCACCCUUUGGACGGUUGUUGAGAGCUACUACAUGAGAAGAUUAAUGAACACCUCACAUGCACUGCGCAUUCCCUAAUAUCUAAAUUAGGGAGGAGAACAAGGCAGACUAAAUUCUACCAUCACAGGAAUAAAUAGAAGAGAAAAGUUUGAGAAACAUGUUGCUGUGUCGAGUGCAUUUCCUGGAUGACACCUACUUUGAGUGGAAACUAGAGAGAAAUUCACUGGGACAAGAUCUCUUCAAUAAAGUUUGUGAACACCUUGAGCUGUUGGAGAGGGAUUAUUAUGGUCUGGUCAUGUGGGAUUCUUCUAGUACCAGGGUAUGGCUGGACCGUGCUAAAGAGAUCCGAAAACAGAUCAAAAGUCCAACAGCUGAAUUAUUUUUCAACAUCAAGUUUUACCCACCUGAUCCCUCAGUUCUGGCUGAAGACAUCACAAGAUAUUUCCUGUGUCUUCAGCUGAGGAAAGAUAUUCUGAUGGGUCGACUGCCCUGUCCACCAGACAUCCUGGCUCUGUUGGGUUCAUACACAGUUCAGUCAACACUUGGCGAUUAUGACCCAAAUCUCCACAGGAACAACUAUGUGAGUAAAAUAGUUCUGGCACCCAGUCAAAGUGAAGAGUUGGAGGAGAGAAUAAUGGAGCUGCAUUCCACAUACAGAUUCAUGAGUCCUGCCCAGGCGGAUAUACUUUUCCUUGAAAACGCCAUGGGGCUCCCCAUGUAUGGAGUGGACCUGCAUCCUGCUAAAGAUGUCAGUGGUGCAGAUGUAAUGCUCGGCAUUUGCUCUGAAGGACUGAUGGUAUAUGAGGAUGAGAUUAAAACCAAUAUAUUCCUCUGGCCCAAAGUUCUUAAAAUCUCCCACAAACGCAACACCUUUCUUCUAAAGAUGCGCCCUUCUGAGCAGGAUGAGGAUGAGGAUGAGGGUGUUGUCAGCUUCAGGUUGGCCAACUACCGAGCCUGCAAACAACUGUGGAAAUGCUGUGUGGAACAUCAUAGUUUCUUCAGAAACAGACUUCAAGACACAAAAACAAAAAGGCUCCUAACCCUGGGUUCAAGGUUCCGUUACCAUGGACGUACUCAGUCUGAGUGCCUGGAGGCCAGUGGCAAGAUCACUCGUCCUCCUCCAGGAUUCACACGUUUUAUCAUCAAGAGAAAAGGAAAUGAAGAAAUUCUUGAUUUUUUAAAACAACCAAUUCGAACAGAGUUGGACGACUGGUUCUUGGUCUAUGGGCCAGAUAAAUGGCGCAUUUCUACAACAGAUGAUGUGAUGCUAGACAGCGAGAAGCUGGAGGAGUGGAAGCAUCAUGCUGACGACUGGUGUGUCCUCUUUGACGGCACCCCAUUUUUACUCUCAGAGGUCAAGCAGCCCCUUCAGUUUGAAGAACAGAGAGAAGAUGUGCAAGUUGUGGAGGGGUCAGAGGAGAGGCUCACAGAUGAGCUUGUGAUAAAACAAUCAUAUAAAGCUCAAGUCAUCCAGGAGGGGUCUGACAUUAAUGUGAAAGAACUUCCUGAUUUCGAAUUAAAACAGGAAAUCAUGAAACCUCUAAAGGAGACCCUGAACGAAGAAGUACUAGAAGUCAAUGGAGAAAGAAUACAGAGAGUAGUAAUCACUAAACAGUGGACACAGGAGGUCAACUCUUCGGUGGAAUCACAAGAAAACGCAGACAAAAAGAUAGAGAUGCUGGAGAUGGUGGAAAGACAUGUGAUGGUCACUGAAAAGAAGACAAUGGGAUCUGAAGGCACUUUUGAGACACUGGAAGUUGUGGAACAGAGACUAGAAGAUCUGGACGCUAUUAAGCGAAAGCUUGAUGAGGUGGAAGAGCUGAGGUUUGGAUUACAGGAAGUGGAAAGUUUGGAACAAAGGUUGCAGCAAGUUGAGAAGGUGGAGCUUCAACAGGCAGAGACAGAUGAAUGGUACAUUUUGCUAGAUCGCUGGCCGUUGAUGCUCACUGCAACCCCCAGAGAAGGAGUUCAAGAAGAUUUGCAACAGAUAGUAUAUAACCCCAAACCAAUGAUGGAAGAAGACAGUUGGUACAUUUUAUUUGAUGUGCUUCCAAAAGCCAUGGAAAUAUCACGUCCUCUUCCAGAGCCCUUGGUGUAUCAACAACUGCAAGGUCCAACAGCUGAGCUGUAUGAAGCCAAGGAGGUGAUUCAGAGCAGAGUGACAACAGAGGAGCAAGUGAUUGAAGUGACGACCGUGAGUGCUAAAGAAGAAAUAAUAGUACCAGAGAAAAAGAGGACGAGCAUCAUACAAACCCCACAGUUUCCAGUCGUGCCCAGAGACAUAAAGGACGACUGGUUUCAGUUUUUUGACAAAGUUCCUUACGAGCAAGAGAGUUUCCCAUCAGAGAUUCGUGUCGUGCCUGCGGCUGCUUUGGAAGCUGAAGAAAAGAGAGCUGUGGAGAGAAGGAGAAAAGAAGAGGAGCAGAUACAACAACAGGAGCAGGUGACAGCGGUUUAUAGACAGCCAGAACCAGUUAUUCUGGAGCAGAGAGCAGCAAAGCCUCCAAGAGACGUGGAGGACGACUGGUUCAUCAUUUCCGACGUUUCUCCUAAAGAUUCAGUGCCCUUGUCUCCACAACUGCGAGGUCCAGCUGUUGAGCUGUAUGAGGAGACCAGAGAGGAGGUGAUUACGAGCAGAGUGAGAACAGAGGAGCAAGUGACUGAGGUGAUAACCAUGAGCGCUAAAGAACAAAUAAUAGUACCAGAGAAGAAGAGGACGAGCAUCAUACAAACCCCACAAUUUCCAGUCGUGCCCAGAGACAUUGAGGACGACUGGUUUCAACUUUUCGACAAAGUGCCAUAUGAGCAGAAGAUUUUCCCAUCGGAUGUCAGAAUCAGAGAUUUUGAGGUCCAUGAACCCAUCAGAGACCAGAGAGUGGUGGAGGAGCAGAUGAGAGAGACGAGACUGGUCACUGAAGAAAAGAGAGUGGUCUUUGAUGAGCGCAUAGAGAGAGCUGACGUUGUUCCGCAGAUGAUUCCUGUCGGGGAUCGGAAGGUUGAUGAUGACUGGUUUGAGAUUUUGAGAGCACCUUCUGAGAUGAGAAGUGUCACGUCCGUUUCAGUCGCUACUGAAGAGCGCAGGAUAAAAGAACAGGAGGAAAGAAGAGUGAGACAGCAGGAGAUAAGAGUGAGAGAAGAGGAGGAGAGGAGACUAAGAGAACAAGAAAAGCGAAAACAGGAGCUGGAAGCCAGAAAAGCUCAACCAGUUAUUACUGUGAAGACAGAAGCACAGCCUCAGAUUGAAAAAGAUGACGACUGGUACAUUCUUUUUGACGUUUCACCAAAAGAGACAGUUGUCACAGAUGUUCUUAAAGUGGACAGGAGGGUUGAGGAAGAGAAUUGGAGAAGGGAACAAGAGAGAAGAGAAGAAGAGAGAAGGAAGCAGAUAAAAAUAGAGGAAGCGACAAAAAGACCAUCUGUACCGGAGAAAAAACCAGUACAACUGCAAACGGAAGUGGAGCAUGACUGGUUCACCCUUAUGGGCGUUUCCCGUAAAGAUUAUGUUCCCACCAUUCGACCCACACCUGUUAUUUCGCCAGUGGCUCCGCCCAAACCCCGCCCACAGAUCCCAACUGACCAACCACUGACUUCCACUCCGACCGCAAAACCUGUGUCCACUAUAAAAACCCAUGAGGAGACGACAAAAGACAUGUGGGACAUCACACUGGAGUCUGAGAAAUCUGCGACUGAGUCGGUGCUCAUGAGGAAGUCAAGGAGAAGUGAAGGAGAGAGCAUCUAUACUCGUCACAGCAUUCUAAUGCUGAAGGAUUUGGACAUGUCCCAUGAGAUGAUUUUGAAGCACAAUGCCAGCGUUACUGAACUGAAGCGUGUCUUUAUGGAGGUCAAGCAAGAGUUCGGACCCACUGAGUGGGACAGACGUCUUUCGUCUUACUCGCCUACUGCCAAAGCUCAGCUACCGCAUCUCAACGAAGAGAUACUCAUGAGAAUGGGCUUAAUUGAAGAAGAUGGAAAAACAAUCGUGUUUCGCCAACAAGAGCUAAUAUAUGUUUGAAUCCAAACAGCUUGAACUUUUCAUCUGCUAAAA